AUGGGUAAUAAUUUUCCUCAAAGAAAUCCGAUUCGAUCAAUAGCAACGACAGACGAUGAACUUACUGAAUAUCCAAAAUUAAAAAAGUCUCGUAGUUUACGUGAUUACACACGACGUCAAUCAUUAACUAAUACUAGUAAAACUAGUAGUAGUCAAAAAAAGACAUCAUUAACAAGACCAACAUCAAUGAUGCCUACUGAUGCUGAAAUAAUUGAUAUUCGUAGUUUACGUUGUGCUUUACCUUUAUCAGAUAUGUUAAUCAACGAUGAGAAAGCAGCAUCCAAUAAAAAUAUUCAAAAUGAGAAUAAACUAAUCAAACAACUUGAUUAUAUUCAUUCUUGCGUGCGAAAAGAUAAAGGUCUAUUUGGAAUGAUGACUGAAAAUAUUCAAAGUAAACAUAUUUUUUCCAAUCAUGAACCUGAAAAUACGCAUACGUUAGAUCGAUCUCCAGAAGAUUUUCAGAUGGAUUAUCAAUCGAUUUAUUUGCAAACACUCGACGGAGAAUUCAUACAUUCUUAUUGGAUACCAAAAUCAGACGAUAUCAAUUCAACAUUAACACUUUUAUAUUUGCAUGGUGCAGGAGGAAAUAUUUCACAUCGACUUGAAGUUGUACGAUUAUUUCAUGAUAAUCUUCAUUGUAAUAUUUUAAUUAUUGAUUAUCGAGGCUUUGGUAAAAGUUCUGGUUCACCAACCGAACUUGGUCUUUACAUAGAUGCUCAAACAGCAUAUGAUUAUUUAGUAUAUAAACAAAAGAUUUUACCCGAAAAUAUAAUUGUUUUUGGUACAAGUCUUGGCGCAUCUGUUGCUAUACAACUUGUUAGUGAUCCAUUAAAUCGUGUUAAACUAGCGAUAUUCGAAAAUGCUUUUAUUUCAGUACCAGAAAUAGCCAAAUAUUUUAUAACAUACGCUAAAAAUGUUAUUGGUGUUACAAAAUCAAUUGGUUUUAUUUAUUUAUUUGAUUCAUUACCUAAAGUACGUCGCAUAGAAUGUCCCUGUCUAUAUUUAACCGGUUUGCUUGAUCCUAUUAUUCCUACGUGGAUGUCAAAUACAUUAUAUAAUGAAACACGUACAGCUCGGAAGCGUCAUUUAUCUGAGUACCCAUUUGGGAAACACAAUGACUUACCAAUCAUGCCUGAUUAUUUUGAAAAUAUUCAAUCAUUCAUCGAUGAGUUACCUUUAAUAACUACGCCAUCAACUGAACAACAAUCGGUGCUGAGAUAA